AUGUCGCCUCCGGCCAAAACCAUGUUCGACCAAUUGGCCAUCUAUAUUCUGUUUUCCACCAUCUCUGAAGGAUGUGAGCGACGGAGAUGGGGUUGGAGACAGAAAUUGGCAGCGGCUGAAGUGAGGUUCGAGACGACGGAGGCCGGCAAUUGGAGAGUUUUUUGGUGUAUCUGUGAUUCUCCAACGGCCAAUGAACGUGCAAGGGAGAAAGGUCAGGGUGGAUGUAUGAUGACGGUGGAGGAGAAAGUUUAUGGCCCGCGGAGGGAAUGGUGCAGACGGGCGGGAGAGGACUUGUCUUGCUGGAUGGAUGACGGCGGUGGAGGAGGAAGGUCGUGGUUCACGGUGGAUUUGGGCCGAGAGACCGGUGGAGGUUAG